AUACGUCAUCAGAACGGCCGUGGUAUAAAGCAUUUCCGGCGAAUCAAUCCCCUGGCAAGCGUUCAGGUACAUAACGCCAUCAAUUCCUGUCCUCCUUUAUCUCCCGGGUUGACUUACACAGCAUCUUCUUACGAACUAAGCUCUAUGGCUCCAGUCCCCGCGUCGCUGUUGCGUGCUCUCUCCAUCUCCGAUCCCUCCAAAGCAAGCUUGUCCACCGCUGGUUUGGGGACGGGUUUCACCAGUACAGGAGCCAUUCGAGCAACGGUUCCAUCUACAGACGGACAAUAUGAAGAAGAGAGACAGUACUUUGUCAAAACAUCCGCAGAUGGUAAAGCUGCCGAGGAGAUGUUCCGAGGGGAAUAUGAAUCCUUGAAUGCUAUCGCGACCUCUGUACCAGGAUUUUGUCCCCGCGCUCUAGCUUGGGGAUCGCUAGAAGAAAGCAAUGGAAAGAGCUUCUACCUCGCGACUGAAUUCCUGGACCUGGGGGGUGGUGGCCGGACAGGCCAAUCUCUGGCUCAGAGACUAGGAAAGCUUCAUUCGACUCCAGCCCCGCUAGAUCCUGAGACGGGGAAACGUCGGUUCGGAUUCCCUGUUCCGACCUUCUGUGGUGAUACUAAGCAACCCAAUCGAUUUCAUGAUUCAUGGGCAGACUUCUACGCCAAUGAACGCUUGAUGACGAUUCUCGAAACCUCGGAGAAGCGCAAUGGCCGAGACGCCAACCUGCGCGGUCUAGUGGAGCAGACGGCGCACACGGUUGUACCUGCCCUUCUAGGGGAUGAUCACCUAGGCUACAACAAGAAUGGAAAUGGAGAAGGUGUUACACCUGUGGUUGUUCAUGGGGAUCUUUGGAGCGGCAAUGCAGACCGUGGAAGGAUCGUAGGGAGUGGGCGUAAGGGAGAUGAAGAGGCGGGUGACGUUGUAUACGAUCCAUCGGCAUGCUAUGCGCAUAGUGAGUAUGAGCUAGGGAUCAUGAAGAUGUUUGGAGGCUUUGGGUCGACAUUUUUCACUGCCUACCAUAAGAUUGUCCCUAAGACUGAGCCGGUGGAGGAGUAUGAAGACCGGGUGAAGCUGUACGAGCUAUAUCACCAUCUAAAUCAUUACGCCAUCUUCGGGGCUGGGUAUCGAUCGGGAGCAGUAUCAAUUAUGCAAAAUUUGAUCAGAAAGUAUGGUACUUAGUCUGAACAGCUGCUUGGGGUUUUGGCGUGGCAGAUUUUGGUUCCGCAUGCCGUCGUUCUCUACUAGAUAGAUCUACAUGUAGUAUUGGCGUUGUCCCGAGAGAAUUAAUAAUCCUGCAAUCCGAUGACACCAUCAUACAUACUGACUCAGCA